AUGACAUCGCUUCCGACUGACGACCAAUACUUACCCAGGGAAAGGCGGACUUUCCGUGUGCGAGGUGUGCCUCACGACUGGAAUCGCGACAGACUGACAUCUUUUUUGACGGAGAAUGGCUAUGUCGGCCCGGUCAUUCAGUCCUUAGCCAACGAAAUCCAUGGGCGAUCGCAGACUGCUACAGCCACUUUUCAAAGUGUUCCCAAUCAACUACAGGAGCUUCUACAUGAUCCGGCUAACGGGAUUGGUCUAUAUGUGCCUUCGUCGGAUCAACACAGUAGACCGCGGAGUUUGAUGCUUGACACUGCUUUUCUUGGUGUCACAACCUUGUACACUCCUCCUCCACAGGAUCAUAAAGUUGAUCUUGUUGCAAUCUCUGGCCUCGGCGGACACCCAUUCGGAUCGUUUAAAGAGCGAGACGGGGAGCAUAUGUGGCUACGAGACGCAAUUCCGGAUCAUAUAACUGAAGAAGAAGACGGCAGACCCAUCUUACGUGUUAUGAUAUAUGGCUACAGCUCAAACCUUUUCCAGAGUGACAGUUUCCAGAAUCUUGAGGAUUUAGGGACAGCUUUUCAUCGGCACCUUCGAAAGCUGGCGACUACAGGAGCAUUUAAGCCCAUCGUUUUCAUUGCCCACAGCUUAGGCGGGUUGGUUCUCAAGCAGACUCUUAUAUCCCUCUAUAAGUCAAAAGACGAGGAGGAUCUAAAACUCUUACGCGCGGUAUAUGGAAUCGCCUUUUUUGGUGUUCCGCAUGACGGCAUGGACAUUAGCUCGCUCAUUGCUAUGGUUGAAAACGGACCGAACCGAUUUCUACUGGAGUCCAUUGGACUCUUUAGUUCACAAAUCUUAAGUGUUCAGCAUCGUGAAUUCCUGGAGGCACUGGGAACUCGAGAGUCGAAGAUAAUCUGCUUUUACGAAACCCGCAUGUCACCAACUGCCAUAAAGUUUCAAAAUCCUUCGCCAUACACUGCCGAGAGUGGGAGAAUGGGCCGCAGUUCAUCUGUGCUAUCCACUCACUCGGAAAUGGUCAAGUUUGGACCAGAAGAUGAUGAAUAUGAAAAAGUGGUGGAGCUUAUUCAAAGCCUCGUCCGAGAGGCACGGCAAACUCAAGAACGUAAACCUUUCGAGCAUAUGCAAACCCGUUCCUCUGGCGUCAACGACGCUACCUCAGGAACAUGCACAUGGCUUCUUCACCAUGAGACGUAUAUCAGAUGGAUUGCAUCUAACCAUGGACUUUUCUGGAUCAAAGGGAAGCCAGGCUCCGGGAAGUCCACACUUCUCAAAUAUGCCUUUAGUUACCAAAAGAAUCUUUCCAGCACAACAAAUAACACAGCAAAUGGCGAUAUCUUUCUCUCUUUCUUCUUCCACGACCGUGGAGAUGAACUUCAAAAGACCCCGUUUGGCCUAUUCCGAUCUCUUCUCCAUCAGGUUCUCAAGCAGGCACCUAAUGCGUUAUCAGACCUUGUUGAUGAUUUCACACAAAAGAGCAAGGAUAUGGGCAACUACCAGGAGAAAUGGAAAUGGGAUCCCAAUGAUCUAUGGCGCUUCUUAGAGUCGUCUCUUCCGAGAGUCUUAGCAGUUCGUUCCGUCUGGCUGUUUGUUGAUGCUCUGGAUGAGUGUGGCGAAAUAAAUGCAAAAGACCUUGUCAAGAAGUUUAAACUCCUGACUGAAAGGAUCACGCCUUGUCUACUUACGGCAAUAAACUCCGGAUCUGUUUCAGCUGUCGUAUGCCUUGAGAGGGAGAACCGAGGUGAUAUUUCCACUUAUGUACGGUCCGAACUAUUCCCAUAUGGAGAAUCAAUGUCAAUCACGAUUCCAGACUUGAUUAUAGAUCGUGCUUCUGGCGUCUUUUUAUGGGCAGAGCUGGUAGUGAAAAUCGGUGUAGAUCUUGGACUAAAUGGCGAUGGGCCAGCCAAGAUCAUGGCGGCAGUGCAUUCUAUCCCAAAAGACCUCGACGAGCUAUAUAAAAGACUCAUUCACAAUAUGACACCAGCAUCUCUAAAACUAAUCAAGUGGGUUUGCUUUGCCACGCGGCCAUUGUCGGUUAGUGAACUACGGUGGGCUAUGGCUGUCAGAGCUGAUUAUUCCUCAUUGAACGCAUGCCAAAAUGCAGAGGAUUAUAUACCAGACGAUGAUCGCAUGAAGAAACAGAUUGUGAAGCUCAGUCGAGGGCUUGCUGAGGUCACAACGGGGGACGAUCUGAUUGUCCAAUUCAUUCACCAGUCGGUCAAAGAUUUUUUCAUCGACAAAGGCCUGUCGAAGCUAGUUGAAGAGAUCGUUGGAGAUUCGACAACGCCCUAUGCAGCAACUGGAAUGUCCCACUUGGAAUUAUCGAAGACUUGCAUUAAAUACUUUGCGAUGGAAGAAAUCGUACAAUUGAAAAACUACGAAAGACAAAAAUUGUAUGCUGAGUUCCCUUUCCUGCGCUACGCUAUUUCUUCAUGGGUGGCACACCUAAAGGAAAGUGAUGACUAUGGCAUCACGCCAGAGGGGGUAUUAAGCUUGCUUGAAUGGCCAUCAAAUGAUAUACUGGAUAUCUGGACAAAAAUUUACAAUGAGAUGCAUCGAUAUUCAGAUGGUUGCCCAACAGACAAUACCCAUCUUGACCACGUUGCAGCAAGGUAUAAUAUUCAGGGAGUGAUGAACGCCAUCCUGCAGAGCGAUGGUGGUACCACCAUUGGAAUCGAUUUAAAAGAUGGUUCUGAAAUGGCACCGCUGGCAUGGGCUGCACGGAAUGGGCAUGAGGGUGUGUGCAGACUUUUACUUGCUACUGCUACUGGUCGGGUUAAGAUCGAUGCAAAAUAUAUAAACAAACAAACGCCUCUAUUAUUAGCUGCACAGGGGGGGCAUCAGGCUGUGGUUAGCCUCUUGCUUGCUACGAAACAAGUUGACAUUAAUGUGGAAGAUGGAGCGGGUAUGACAGCACUGUCAUUAGCUGCAAGGAAUGGAGACGUGGCUCUGGUCAAGCUCUUACUUGCUACAGGUCAGAUUGACUUCGUUACUAAAAGUCAUGGGAACUUCCAUUCGUUAUUAUAUGCAGCAAGAAAUAGACACGAGGUUCUGUUCAAGGUUAUAAUAGCCGGAGUCCACCCAGAAAUGAUCAAUUCAACGAACUAUGAGGGCAAUACGCUACUUUGCUGGGCCGCGAAGUUUGGAUACGAGGCUAUAGUUAAGCUAUUACUCGACACGGGCCAAGUUGAGAUCAACUCAAAGAAUGAUGAUAUUCAAAUAGCGUUAUCAUCGGCUAUGAGGUGGGGACAUAAGGCUGUGGUUAAGCUAUUGCUCGACACGGGCCAAGUUAAGAUCAACUCAAAGAAUGAUGAUGGUUAUACAACGUUAUCAUCAGCUGUAAGGUGGGGACACGAGGCUGUGGUUAAGCUAUUACUCGACACAGGCCAAGUUGAGAUCAACUUAAAGAAUGAUGAUGGUUCUACAGCGUUAUCAUCGGCUGCGGGGUGGGGAUAUAAGGCUGUGGUUAAGCUAUUGCUCGACAUAGGCCAAGUUGAGAUCAACUCAAAGAACAAUAAUGGUCAUACAGCGUUAUCAUUAGCUGCGGGGCUUGGACACGAGGCUGUAGUUAAGCUUUUGCUCGGCACAGGCCAGGUUGAGAUGAACUUAAAGGAUCGGGGUGGCCGGACAGCGUUGAUGUUGGCCGCGCUGUAUGGAAACGAGGCUGUAGUCAAGCUGUUGCUCAACACAGGCCAGGUCGAGGUCAAUUUAAAGGAUUUCAAAGGCCAAACAGCGUUAGAAUUAGCUACAAAGCGGGGGCACGAGGCUGUGGUCAAGCUUUUGCUCGGCACAGGCUAG